CUCAUAUCCUUUUUUUUCCAUGUUAAUUUCACUCCAUUGUUUCUGUUCCAAAUCAAAGAUCAAAUAUGGAGAAGAAGAAGAAUAAGGUAUUUCUUGGAGUACAAAAGAAAAGACCCACUAAGCCAAACAAAAACAAGUUGCUCAACAAAGUCUUGGACUAUCUCAUGUCUAACUCUUACUUGUUUGCUCCUCUCAUUUCUUCCUCACCCAACUCUGCUCUUUCUUCUGCUACAGCAGUGAAACAGAAACAAACCGCUAAAGAAAAAUGUAAUAAGAGGUUUCUCAAAAAGGUUGAGGAAUAUCUCAAGUCUGAUUCUUACAUGUAUGCUUCCUUGGUUUUUCCUCCCCAACCUCAAUCUAUCAGAGAUCACUCAAAUGGAUCUCUACAGUACUGUAGGAGCACUGCGAUGGAAGUUCCAAUAAGAACAUCAAUUUUGAGAGACAACCAAUUGACAAAUGAGAUAGCGCCGAGCCAAGCCUCCAAGGAUCAUACUCCUUCAAAAAUUAUCUUGGAUAAGCAUUCUUUGGUGCACAAGGAAACAGUCAAGCACAUGAUUUGCCAGAAUUGCGGAUCUUCAUCAAGAGGGUAAAGGAUGCUCAGCUCACAGCUUAGGAAGUUUUGCUGACUCAACUGAUACGCCAUACAUGAAACAGUUCAGUAACUAUGAAUCACAGGUUCCAUCAUAUGGUCAUAAUGUUGUGAAUUUGGUUAGGGUUCUUACUGUAGGUAUUAUCUCCUGUAUGCUUUUAGAUAAAAUAAUUAGUGUAACUAUAUCAGGUUUCUCGCUGGUUCACAAAUUUUAUGUUAAAAGAGUUCUCUGUUGAAUAAGUUAAAAAGCAGUACAAAUUUACACAAUGAGCAAUGCAAUUAUUUACUAUGCAA